UUCUCUUUCUCUUCUUUUGUGAUCAGAGAGAUAUGAGCCUUUAAAAUGAAUAAACUGAAAGAGCCGAUGUGAGAAGAGAGACGAGGAGCUGACAGCCAGCGCUGAGACUGAAAGCGUGAUGGACGUGCAGAUCCCAGUGGAGCCGGAGCUCAGUGAGUCUGAGUCUGAGGAAGGGACGGCUCUGUCUGAGUCUGAGUUCACCUGUCACUGCUGCUACCAGGUUCUGGUGGACCCCACCACACUCACCUGUGGACACAGCUUCUGCAGACACUGUCUGGCCAACUGGUGGGCCUCCGCUCUGCCCAGGGUCCGGAGAGACUGCCCAGAAUGCCGAGCGGUGUGGACCGGCUUUCCCAGAGUCAACAUCCUGCUCCGACUUGACAUUACGUCAAUUGAUGAGGAUCUGUCUGCGGCUCCGUUCAGCAUCAGGAACGAGUCUCACAGACAGAUCAUCCUGGAGGAGCUGCACAGACUCAGACAGCGCCGGGUCUCACUGAACCUCUGGCAGUACAAGGAUCUGUAUUUAGGGAAGUCUCUGUUCCUGUUGAUCAGUCUGAGGAACUUCCCUCGUCUGACGCUGCUCUACCUGUUCCUGUUUGAUUAUGACGACACGUUCCUGCCCUUCAUUCACACCAGCUGCCCGGCGACACCAGACGCUCCCACGGACACACCGCUGAAUCAACUCUGCUGUAAAUGUGGGCGGGCACUAAUGCACCCUGUGCUGCAUCAGGAUUGGCCGGGCUGGCGUCAGUGGGCGGAGUUUCUGCUGAUGUACUUCCUGUUGCCCUAUCAGCUGCUGUCUGCGGUGGCCUGGCACUGGAUGAGUGUUCAUUACUGGACGGCAGGUUUCAUCAUCGCUCACGCCGCACUACUGACGGUGCUGGACGUGUGUUUCUACUGGACGCUGUGGAAGAGAGGACAGAUGCGGACUCUGCCUAAGUUAGUCUGGCUUCAGAUGUUCGCAGUGCUGUUCAACACGUCUCUGUUUGUGCUGCCGUGGCCCAUGAUGCCUCUCUUCAUCAUUAACACUGAGAUCUACAUCCAGCUGUACUUUAACCCCUUCCUCACUGCAGUGCUGGUGAAACGAACACUCCUGCCCACAAACACACAGCACAGGCCCUGACACACACACUUUAAUCAUGUUUGUUAGGUGACUCACACUGCGUUUAAUGAUGUAUUCUCUGGGAAUCGAACCCAUGACCUUGGCGUUGCGAGUGCUGUGAUCCACUGUGAGCCGCAGGGACGUCACACACACACACACACACACACGUGUGUCUGGGUCAUGCUGGGACUUCACACUCACAAUCAUCUCUCUGCUCUUAUGUUAUGAUCAGUUUCAUAGGAUCCUCAGAUUCUGAUUCAGUUUCAUGCUUCUAACUGUGACAAUAUGUAUUUUUAUAAAUGAUUUCAUGACUGUAAUAAACAGAGAAUGUUUAUUUAAAGUAUAUAUUUAAUAAAAACA